AUGACAAACCUAAUAACAUACACUUUAGAUGGUGAAAGUAAACCAGACUACAAAAAAAUAUGGAUGUCUGAUGUGGUUGUGGUGAGGAAUAGGAACCUAUUUCUCGGUCGUAAAUGGAAAUUGAUAGAUGUUGUAACCCUUCUUUGGAUCUUAACCGUUCACUUGCUGUCACUUUUUGCACCUUUUACAUUUACUUGGGGUGCCUUCUGGGCAGCACUUUGUGCCAGUUUUUUGUCUGGGUUUGGUAUAACCCUCUCUUAUCAUCGAAAUCUGGCACACCGUAGUUUUAAGUUGCCUAAAUGGCUCGAAUACAUAUUUGCUUAUAUUGGGGUUCAAGCUGCUCAGAGGGACCCGAUAUUUUGGGUGAGCAUACAUAGAUCACAUCAUCAAUACGUUGAUUCGGAAAAAGAUCCACAUUCACCCACAAACGGGUUUUGGUUUAGUCAUAUUGGUUGGCUGUUAGAUAGUGGCUACAUCGUAGAAAAGCUUAAGGAACGAAAAAAUGUUGAAGAUUUAAAGAGCCAACUAUUCUAUAGAUUCAUUAGAAGCACCUAUCUAUAUCAUCUACUUGCAUUUGCGGCUGUUGUCUAUGCUUUUGGUGGUUUUUCCUACCUUGUUUGGGUGGUGGGUGUGAGAAUUACAUUUACUUACCACUUGACGUUUCUCAUUAACUCAGCAUGCCAUAUUUGGGGAACCCAAGUUUGGAACACUGGUGAUCUCUCCAAAAACAAUAUGUUGGUGGCGUUAAUUUCGUAUGGAGAAGGUUGGCAUAACAAUCAUCAUGCAUUUGAGUAUUCAGCACGAUUUGGGUUAGAAUGGUGGCAAUUCGAUCCUUGUUGGUUCUUAAUAAAGUUUCUUGAAAGAUUAGGCUUAGCCACCAACGUUAAGUUGCCGACUGCUGCUCACAAGCUUAAACGAUCCUUUACAUCUCCUAAUAAUAAAUCGAAGUAA